AUGUGCUCUGGGGAAAUUGUGCAGCCCCAGACGGAGAGUCUGAGCUGCAAUACUCCAAAUGGGACAGCCAAAAUCAAAUCCCUCCCCUUGGCUGAACCAACGGGUACAACCACAUCAUUUGCCAAAGCCAAACUUCCCUUGCCUCUGUCCCCAUGCUGUGACAGAGCCCCAGCCAGAGGGCAGACUGCCACAACUCGCAGGUGGCACCAGUCUCUGCCACACAGGCCCUGCCAGUGCCAUCACCACGUGGAUGCCAUCGGUGCCUGCUGGUGGGCACUGAGAACCCACGCGCCAUCGUGUUCUAAACGGCCACAGGGCUUGAGAGCCUCUCCCUACCUGCCAACCUGCUCUUCCUCCACAGGUCRCCGUGGACAGCAGCUCAUUUCCAGGACACUCGCCUCCGACGCUUGCUCAGUGAUUUUGGCAGCUCAGCAAAUCUUGGCUCAAUGGAACGGGCCGAGGCUCCUGAGCCAGCAGGCAUUCGCCGCAGAAAUAGGAGCAGGUCGGACAUCUGACCUCCCAGAAUUGCCAAUAGAUUACAGGCAGUUUCGAGCACUCGAAGACSUCUCUAAGCCUGGGCUAAGUGCGACGGUAAAGGCAAAUAUUAGGAUGGGUGAACAAGGAUUAGGUCUGAUAGUCAUUCAGAAUGGACCAUAUCUCCAGAUAACAAAUCUUGUUGAGGAAAGCUCUGCAGCUCACAAUGGAAAGCUAAAACCAGGUGACAUUCUAAUAAAAAUUGGACAUGCUACUGUAUUAGGAUGGACUCUGCGAGAGCUGAGGCAACUCUUGCACAAUAUCCCGGUAGGAACUAACCUACAAAUCAGAGUUUGCAGAGAUUUUGUUGAAUUACCUCAACACUGGCAAAGUGUGGCUGACUUAAUUCCUGAAGCAAAGCUUCCUACAACAGCAGACACAUCAGGUGAAGACACUGAGGACAAAGAUGACACCGAGACCAGCAGUGAUGAUGAUGACGACGAUGAUGCAGACUUGGAAACAUUGCAGUGUAAAUCUGUGCAAUCCUCAUGUUAUGAAUUCACUUGUAAAUUACCAUCACUAUCCAGAAUUUGCCAUUCAUCUCAUACAAGCCACACACUUASAGUAGGCAAAGACACUGGCUGUGACAUCGUGCUUCAUAAUGACAGUGAUACACCAGAUAAUACUGAAUUCAAUACUGUUGGCAUUAGAUCUAUUUCGAAGUGGACUACGGAAAAUAACGAGACGAGUUCAUCCUCCUCCUCCUGCUCUUCUGUAUCAGAUGCAUUCUGGAUGGAAGAAUUUCGCUUUUCAUAGAAAUAGCUCAAAACCUGACUUCUUCGAAACUUAAAUCUCUGA